AUGGACGCACAUCCGUUUGAAUACACAAACGAAGAAGAUGGAGACCGAAAACAAGAAUCCACGACGGCAAGGGAUGUUGAGAUGAGCGGGGACACUUCCGAUGGCUCAUCUUUGAAGGAAACAACGGAGGAUUUGCUGGACGCUACGACUUUGUCGCCUCUGCGCAAACUGCACAUUGUCGUAGCCGGCUUUACCUGCACAUUCAAUGGCAAUCUCGGAUCAUCCAUGCCUUCAGGCGCACUUGACGCCAUUAGCGAACAAUUCGGAGUUACCGACCGCGUCCAUCUGAUCCUUCUCAACUCGCUUUUCAUGUGCGGAUACGUGCUUGGGCCUUUGCUUUUUGGACCAUUGAGCGAGUACAUCGGCAGACGACCGGUGCUCAUCGGGACAUACUGCGGAUACAUUACCUUCAUGCUGGCCUGUUCUGGAGCACCAACCUACCCGGUGCUGCUAGUUUUCCGUCUUCUCUGUGGCAUCAACGCUGCAGCGCCAACUACUGUCAUCGGAGGACUCUAUGCCGACAUCCUCGAUAAUCCCGCCGUUCGAGGAAACGCCAUGGCACUUUACAUGACAGUCACAACCGUUGGCCCACUCAUCGGGCCCAUUGUUUCGGGCUUCUCGUCCCCGAUGUCUUGGCGAUGGCCCUUUUGGAUCGCUGGUAUCCUCGGAGUAUGCGGACUACCUCUUGUACUUACUCUGCCAGAGACGUACGCGCCUGUUUUACACAAUAACGCAGUCAAGAGGCAGCUGAAGCAAAACAAGGGCGCGGUUGAUGGCAAACAGCAACAGCAACUGCAAUUGCAGCCCUUUAACGUACGAAAGAUCUUCCUCCGGCCCAUGAAGCUCCUCUUCACCGAGCCAAUCCUGAUGGCGACAUCUGCGUAUCUGACGAUGGCGUACUCUGUGUUUUACCUGUUGUUUCAGGCUUACCCAGUCAUUUUCAAAGACUUUUAUGGCAUGUCUCCCGGGAUGGCCGGACUCGCGUUCCUGCCUGGUAAGACGACGUCCAAGAUGCUGCAAUUGACGAUGAACUAA